CCUCUCCAUCCUGACCUCUCCAUCCAGACCAUCCAGACCUCUCCAUCCAGACCUCUCCAUCCAGACCUCUCCAUCCAUCCAGACCUCUCCAUCCAGACCUCUCCAUCCAGACAACAUAUACACUCAAAUAGAUGUGAAAUAUGCCCAAAGGAAAAUAGCUCAAACACACAGAUAAAUGUCCAUCUACGCACAUUGGUAUGGAUAUAGACACACCCAGAUAAGUAUUAUCUGAAAGAGACUGGACUGAGUUGUUGUUGUAGGACAGGGGUUGGGGCUGGGACUGGGUGUAAGUGAGGGGUUAGGGUUGGGACUGGAUGUAAGUGAGGGGUUGGGGCUGGGACUGGGUGUAAGUGAGGGGUUAGGGUUGGGACUGGGUGUAAGUGAGGGGUUAGGGUUGAGACUGGGUGUAAGUGAGGGGUUAGGGUUGAGACUGGGUGUAAGUGAGGGGUUGGGACUGGGUAUAAGUGAGGGGUUAGGGUUGAGACUGGGUGUAAGUGAGGGGUUAGGGUUGAGACUAGGUGUAAGUGAGGUGUUGGGACUGGGUAUAAGUGAGGGGUUAGGGUUGAGACUGGGUGUGAGGGGUUAGGGUUGAGACUGGGUGUAGGGCAGGGGUUAGGGUUGAGACUGGGUGUCAGUGAGGGGUUAGGGUUGGGACUGGGUGUAAGUGAGGGGUUAAGGUAGGGACCGGAUGUAAAUGAGGGGUUAGGGUUGAGACUGGGUGUAGGGCAGGGGUUAGGGUUGAGACUGGGUGUCAGUGAGGGGUUAGGGUUGGGACUGGGUGUCAGUGAGGGGUUAAAGUUGAGACUGGGUGUAGGGCAGGGGUUGGGGCUGGGACUGGGUGUAAGUGAGGGGUUAGGGUUGGGACUGGGUGUAAGUGAGGGGUUAAGGUAGGGACCGGAUGUAAAUGAGGGGUUAGGGUUGAGACUGGGUGUAAAUGAGGGGUUAGGGUAGGGACUAGGUGUAAGACAGAGGUUAGGGUUGGGACUGGGUGUAGGACAGGGGUUAGGGUAGGGACUAGGUGUAGGACAGGGGCUAGGGUUGGGAAUAGGACUUCAGUAAGGAUGCUGUCUGUGGUGAUACUAGGUGUGAGCCUGUCCUUGCUCAUUCUGCUGACGGUGUUUGGCAAUGUCCUGGUAUGUCUGGCUGUCUGUGCCACACGACGUCUCCGCUGCCUCACCAACUGUUUCAUCGUCUCCCUGGCCAUCACUGACCUGCUGCUUGGCAUGCUGGUCCUGCCCUUCUCUGCCCUCCUCCAGCUCAGCGAUUGGCCGCUGGGGCCGACCCUCUGCAACAUCUACAUCUCAUUGGAUGUUAUGUUAUGCACUGCCUCCAUCCUCACCCUAUUGGCCAUCAGCGUGGACCGCUACCUGGCUGUGACCGCGCCCCUUAGAUACUCGUCGCUGGUGUUGCCGAGGGGGGUAGCCAUAACGAUGGCUUCGGUGUGGGCGGUGUCGCUGGGGGUGUCGUUCCUACCGAUCCACCUGGGCUGGAACACUGUGGAUGGCAGUGUGCAGAACCGCGGCCCGGGAGAGGAGAGGGAGUGUAAGUUUGAGCUGAACCCGUCGUACGCUGCGGUGGACGCCUCCUUAACCUUUUACCUCCCCCUGCUGAUCAUGUGCUGGAACUACCUCCGCAUCCUCCGCAUCGCCCGGGCCCAGGCCAGACGCAUCAUCCAUGCACGACCCAACCUCAACAACAACAGCCCCUCGUCAGCCCCUCGUCAACUCACCUCAGUAACAGCGGUGGCUCUACGGGAACACAAAGCCACAGUGACUCUAGCAGCAGUGAUCGGAGCGUUCAUGGUGUGCUGGUUCCCCUACUUCACCCUGUUUACUAUCAUGGGUCUGAGGAUGCAGGACUACCCAGCAGCCUACCCUGUGGUGCUGUGGCUGGGAUACAUCAACUCAGCUCUGAACCCUUUUCUCUACGCUGCCCUCAACAGAGACUUUAGGUCCGCCUACGCUCGCCUGCUGCGCUGUUGUUACUACGGAUACGGCAGAGGGAGGGGUGGGCCAGCGUCGCCCCACAACACAACCACGACGUGUAAAAGGAACAAGGGGAAAGACAACACACACGAUCGCGCUGACCCUGUGUCUAUCUGUGAGGAGAAUUCAGUGUCCUACCAGUCCUGAAAGCUGAGCCCAGGACCAGCCAACUAAACUCAGACACCCAGGGGAUCAAUCACAUCACAGACAGGACACUGGGAGUCGUCUAAAAUAUCACGGACAAUCUGCAACAAGGAACACCGGGGACCUUUAACCGCAGAACUAGAUUGAGACUUUAUUUCUAUCACUUCAGCCAAUAAGCAGUGACUGGGGAAGCCCACAUGUCACUUUGUUCUGGAACACUGAUACCUGGAAAGUAAUGUCAUUGGACAGACAGACAGACAGACAGACAGACUGACUGACUGACUGACUGACUGACUGACUGACUGACUGACUGACUGACUGACUGACUGACUGACUGACUGACUGACUGACUGACUGACUGACUGACUGACUGACUGACUGACUAAAACUCUCGUCCCAGACUAGUGGUGAACUCCAAACUCUGGUGUUAUUCACCUGAACCUGACUGUGAUCUUCCAAUGAAGCAGAUAGUUAUGCCCUCUAGUGAUGGAAUAUAGUAUUACAACCUGACAAGGAGACGAGACUCCGGCAAUUAUCUAUUAAAACAAUCACUGUUCUGAGAGAAAAUGAUUUCAAAUAUGUGAGAGUGUUUCAUCUGUAUGAGGAACUGUUUAACUGUGCAGCUAUAUGGGUCAUCCACUAGGUACUUUGAAUUUGAGUACACAGUACGUACAUGCAGCCUACUGGACUGAAACAUGCCCCAGAACGUCUUGGGAUCUGAUAUUUGUCACGUCUAAACAACAGUGCAAUCUAGGUUUUUGUAAGGUUGUGAAGGUAGGCCACCUACGACCAGGGAGGGUACUGAACGCUGGUGGUGGAGUGGUAGAAUAAAUAGCAUUUACCAGUAGUCAUGGAUUCCAAUAAUAUCGUGCCAUUUAUUUUCUCCAGGAGCUAUCUUAUGGUAGUCGUGGGAACGUUGCCCAGGGACAGUGGUUGCAAAUUAGCCGGCUAGCUAAAACCGGCAAUUUUACUAAAACGUUGAUUAAUGUGCCUGUCCCUGUUAAAAAAAUUAUAAACUCAAAUUCAAACAAAAGUUAUGAAAAGGAAGAGUCAAGUUCUUGAAAAACAUACAUAACUUGGUUUUCAGGAUGAAAGGGACUAAGUCCAGGUUUAUGUAGAUCCUGAAGAAAUGUGGCAUUGUGCCAAUCUGCACACUUCAACUGCCAAUAAACAAGCAGCAAAGAGCUGGCACUUCUCCUCUAGUAUAACUGCAGUCACACAAAUGUAAUGUAUAAGUGCAGUCACACAAAUGUAAUGUGCCUUCCGCCACCUACUGGAGAAAAAGUGUUGACUUCACACAAAAUACAAAAAUAGAUACUGUACAUCAAUUCUAUUCCGCUGCAUCCGUCACAGUCCAAAUCACAUCCCUACACAGGAUCAGAGGCCUGACAGGGCGGUACUUUCAUUGACAGGAUUCCAUGUAUUUCCUCUGCUGUCAAAUCCCUGAGUCCCCACAUAACACAAAAAUCCCCAUAGAAAUCCGUCAGUUUGGACGCAUGUCAAUCUACCACAUCAGCCGAUGUCACACUUCUGUAUCUGCGGUGAAAGGUGACAGAGCUAGAGAGCGCGAUUUGUCAGUCCAUGAGACAUCCCGAUCAUUGGUCUUCUCACAAAAUCGUCUGCAGCAUCCAAAUCAAAUCAAAUCAAAUGUAUUUAUAUAGCCCUUCUUACAUCAGCUGAUAUCACAAAGUGCUGUACAGAAACCCAGCCUAAAACCCCAAACAGCAAGCAAUGCAGGUGUAGA